AUGAAAGUAUACUCCAUAUAUAUCCUCAAUAAAGCUGGAGGAUUGAUCUAUCAAAAUGAUGUUAAUCCUGGGCUAAAUCGAUUAAGUGCUAAUGAUUAUCUUGUCCUUGCUGGUACGCUUCAUGGAGUUCAUGCUAUAGCAGCAAAAGUAACACCCACUAUUAAUGGGAAGGAAGUGGCAACGAAUGAAUAUCCAAACAAUCAAAACGCAAUUCUACUAGCUUCUGGAAAGUUACAAGAUUCGAAUAGUAAUAAAUCAGGAUUGCAAAGUAUAGAGACUGACCUCUUCAAUUUAUACAUUUUUCAAACGUUGACAGGGAUAAAGUUUAUAUUAAUUACAUCACCCAAUCCAGUAGUUCAUAAUCUACAACAAAUUAAUAGAGAAGUUGCAAACAAGGGUGAAUUGAAUAAGCAAUACGCCCAAGCCAAUGAAAUAUUCAAACACUUAUACAUAAUAUAUUCAGAUUAUGUAAUGAAAGAUCCAUUCUAUUCACUUGAUAUGCCCAUCAAAAGUAGCUUAUUUGAUACAAAGGUUAAAGAAAUUGUAUAA